AUGUCUAUUGUAAACUCAGAAGGAUCCUCAGCCUCAGAUUCGAACUCUGACUAUAAUUUAGAUACUUUGUUCCAAACCCUACCAGUAACACCUACACACCAAAACACAAAUAUGGCCAACGCACAAGACGUUUUAGACUAUUUACAAAAUAAUCAGAAAGAAAAUACCUUAUUACGGAUAGAGCCAUUUACAGGAGACGGGACCCAAGACCCUCAGACAUGGCUCAAUAGCUUUGAAAAAACCGCUGCAGCUAAUAAUUGGAAGGAAACUGAAGACUACGAAGAAUAUUAUGAUGAAGAACCUGUUUAUGUUUCUCAAAAUUCUAGACUCCACCCUUAUCCUAUAAAUAGAAAAGAAGCAAGACAAAAACAAUCGGAAUCACAAAAAGAACAUACCUUAAGGAGCAAAACUCAAAAAUCAGUAAGAAUUGAAGAAGAAGAAAUACUGAUGGAA